AUGCGCGUCGCGCGCGCGCCCGUGACGCGGCCGCCCGCGUUCGGUGCGCGCGCGUACGCAUCGCGCGCGCGCUCGAAGACGGCGUCGAACGCGACGCCGCGUCCCGAUUACGACGCGACGACGCUCUUCUCCCCGAGCGUGCGCGAGAUUUUCCUCCCCGAGCACAUCGGUGAGAUGUACAAUCUGCCCAAGCGACCGAGCCCGUUCGCCCGCGGUGGCGCGCUGUGGCAGUUUGGUCUCGGACAGCGGUUCAUCGAUAACGGCGAUAGCGUGAGCCUGAACCCGCUGCGGACGACGGGGUCGAGCGGCGAGGCGGCGAGCGAGGAAGACGUCGCGUUCUCGGACGAGCGCGCGGUGCGCGCGGGGGCGAGGGAAGUGAUAUACUAUGAUCCGAAAAAAGUGCGGGCGGCGAUCGUGACGUGUGGAGGGCUGUGUCCGGGUCUGAACGACGUCGUUCGGUCGAUCACGCUGACGUUGGAGGACUACGGAGUGGAGGACAUUGUCGGGAUCAAAUACGGCUUUAGGGGAUUCUUUGCCGAUCCAGAGAAUGCGCUCGAGGCGCCGAUGAAGCUCACGUCGGCUAUUGUGGAUGACAUUCAGAUCACUGGAGGAAGCAUGCUCGGAUCGAGUCGAGGCGGGGCGGAUAUGCCGGCAAUUGUACAAAAAAUUGAAGAGAUGGAGCUGGAUUUCCUCUUCGUCAUCGGCGGUAACGGUUCGCACGCGGGCGCGCUGGCCAUCGACAAGCUGUGUCGAGAGAAAAAUCUCACGACGUCGGUGAUCGGAGUCCCGAAGACGAUUGAUAACGACAUAUUGUUGCUCGAUAGGACUUUCGGUUUCCAAACCGCCGUCGAUGAAGCCGUCAAGGCCAUCCGCUCGGCGAACAUCGAGGCGAGGAGCGCGGACAACGGCGUGGGAUUGGUGCGUUUGAUGGGUCGACAAUCUGGUUUUAUUGCCAUGCACGCCGCCUUGGCGAGUGGGAACACGGAUGUUUGUCUGAUUCCGGAGAUUGACUGUCCUUUGGAGGGGAGUGGUGGCGUUUUGGCGCACAUUGUCAGGGUCAUUGAGCGACAAAACCACGCCGUGAUCGUCGUCGCAGAAGGUGCCGGGCAGGAGCAGCUCGGUAUGAUCGGUGAGACAGACGCGAGCGGAAACCCGGUGUUGCAGAAUUUUGCGAAAUACCUGCAACAAAAGCUCAAGGAGGCUAAGCCGAACGUCGACAUCAAGUACAUCGAUCCCACAUACAUGGUUCGCGCGUGCAGGACAAACGCCUCUGACGCUGUGUACUGCUCGAUUUUAGGUCAAAACGCCGUGCACGCCGCCUUCGCAGGUCUCAGCGCCGUGACCGUCGGGAUGUGCUCUGGUCACUACGUCUACCUGCCCAUACCACCCGUCAUCUCUGCGCCGCGAACCGUCGAUCCAGAGGGUCGCAUGUUUGAGCGGUUGCGUUUCGCGAUCGGGCAACCGACCUUCUCGAAAUCAUAA